GUUCCGCUCAUUUCGCGCACCGAGGGAGAAGGACUAGGGUUUUAGAGAGAACUCCAAGGAAAGAGAGCUAGGGGAAGCAAACUUCUAGGGUUAGUUCUUUUGUUUCGCGGAGAGGAAGAGAAAGAAAGAUGGUGGCGGACAAGGGAAAGAAGAUGAAACUAGUAGAAAAAGAACGGGAGGAGAAUUCGGAGCAAAUUGAUGGAGAGCUUGUUCUUACCAUCGAGAAGGUGCGGGAACUCUAAGACAAGCUUGAAGAGUGAUGAAGAAGGAACAAAGAUUACUACUACACAGAUAAAGUGGAAAGAGGGCAUGGGCUUGCAAAAUGGAGUUAAUUGUGACAAGAAAUUAAGGAAACAGGCAACAAUUGUCUGGAGAAAGUUUUCUUUGGCUGGUUUAGUGAGGAUUAACCGAAAGAAGACUUGGAUGAACUGACUGAUGAUGUAAAUUUUACAUAUAUAGGGUACUGUACUUUGAUUUUAUGUCAAUUGUGUUGGACAAUUUUCCCCUUGGUAAUAAAGCUGGUCUAAGCUUUUGAAUUAUAGGUAGCAAAGAUUAUCAAGGAGGAUCUCUCGUGUAAUCCUAUUCUUUUUCUUAGUGUUCCUCAUCCUAAAAGUUUCUAGAGGAUAUUUGCAGUUCUAAAUCUUAUCUUCUUCCAUUACUAAUGGUGACUGGUGAUUUCCUUGAUCUAGGAUGCUGAUGAGGAAUAUUUAGAUGGUGAUGAAGAGGUACCUAUUUUCUUUUUUGGCUCUGCAUAUGACUUUCCAACCUCCUCAAGUAAUAUAAUGAAAGUCACAUUAGUGGUUCCAUAUGUUUGCUAUUGUCGUCAAUGUUUUCAUGGUUGCUCAAUUGGUUUAUUUGUAGGUUUUAUUUUUGUCCAUUUGCAUGAUUGUAGGCUCAGAAUUUUUUAUUUCAGGGUUUUGGUUGCACAGUUCCACUUAGUUUUA